AUGGCCCUCGAGUACCCGCUUGCUCUCGAUCCAGCGCUCCUCGCCGGUCCCUCGAGCGAGGCCGGGUCGUCGUCGUUCCACUCGACCAACCUCGUCGACGAGCACGGCUUGCACUCGCCCGUCACGCCCAGCCACGACCGCGAUGAGUCAGAGGAACCUCGCCGCCGCCCGACCAAGCGCCGCCUGUCGCCCUCGGCGCCCACACCGCCCAGUCGUUCCCCUGCGCCCCUCCCUGCCGACCCGACCGACAUCUCGAACCCGCCCGUCCUCGUGCCCCACACCCUCGCCCUCCCAGACUCGCCCUUCGACUUCUACACCUCGCGCUCUCACCCGUUCAACAAGCUCGGGUUCCGCUACACCCCUUGCGGGCCCUCGCACGGCACCCCGCUCCCCGUCCCGCCCCAGCGCUCGAUCGAGAGCUACCCGCCCGGCGUCCGCUGGAGCUGGGAGGACCGCUCCCCCUUUACCCUCCUCACCGACGACGCCCGCACCAUCACGACCGACAAGGGCUGGCGCGCUGCAAGGAGCGUCGUCGGCCUCCGCGAGGGCACCUGGUACUGGGAGGUCAAGGUUGACCGCGGCGGCGGCGACGGUGGGCGCGACAAGGGCGGCGAGGGCGAGGGCAGCUGGGUCCGCGUCGGCGUCGGCCGCAGGGAGAGCCCGCUCAACGCUCCAGUCGGCAUCGACGGCUAUUCGUACGGCUUCCGGGACAAGACGGGCGACGUCGUCACGGUCGCGCAGCCCCAGCCGUACGGCCAGCCUUACGGCACGUCGCACACGAUCGGCGUCCUCGUCUCGCUCCCGAGCCGCUCGGCGACGGCGGCACCGCCCAUCGUCGACAAGCGCGACCCGCGCCGCAUCGUGCGCAAGCGCAUCCCGAUCCGGUACAAGGGCCAGCUGUACUUUGAGCAGCUCGAGCACGCCCCGUCCAAGGAGAUGGACGAGCUCCUCGUCGACCCGGCCCUCAAGGCGUUCAAGGACCGCCAGGCCGAGGAGAAGCGCCGCAAGGCCAAGGCGGCCGCUCCCGGCACUCGCGCCCCGGCCGCCGCCGCCGACGACGGUCCCCCUCUGCGCCCGCUCCCGCGCCUCGAGGGCAGCAAGGUCGCCUUCUUCGUCGACGGCGUCUGCCAAGGCGUCGCGUUCGAAGACCUGUACGACUUUGUCCCGCUGCGCCGCGACAAGCCGCCGCCCGGCACGGCGCCCGCCCGCAAAAAGGACUCGCGCGCCCUGAUGGAGAACCACCACGACGACGGCGCGCUCGGCUACUUCCCCAUGGUGUCGGUCUUUGGCGGCGGCAUCGCGACGCUCAACCCGGGUCCCGACUUUGCGUUCCCGCCACCCGACGACGUCGACGCCGCCCUCGCCAACUCGCCCCACCCUCCCUCGACCACGACCUCUUUCCCCUCGACGCCCUGCAAGCCCCUGUGCGACCGGUACGCCGCCGCCCUCGCCGAGCAGGCCUACCUCGACGACCUCGACGAGCAAGCCGCCGUGCGCCUCUUCCUCGAGACGCAGCGCGCCGCACACGCCGCAGCUGUCGCGGCCGCCGCCUCGGCGCCACAGCAGCCGGAUAGCCUCGACUCGUCUUCGAGCGCGACCGCAGCAGGAGCAGGAGCCGGUGCGGGCGGCACCGAGACGCCGAGCAAGAAGGCGCGCACGGCGACCUCGUCCGGCGGCGCGCCGGCAGGCAUGCUCGCUGCUGCAGCGGCGGCCGCCGCAAGCAGCAAGCUGGCGGCGCUCGGCGUCGUGCAGGCGAGCGGGACGGCGGCCGUGAGCGGGCUCGGCGCCGGCGAGUCGCCGGGAGGGAGCCCGUUCCCGCAGGCUGCGGGCGCCGGCGGCGCGGGCCCGACCGUCGGUGCGGUCUCGGGUGCAGGCGAUGGAGGGUACGAGGGCGAGGUCGAGUUUCGGUGA